AUGUUUCUGGCAGCAGUUGCCCGUCCGAGAUACGACUACCAUCGCAAAGCCAUGUUUGAUGGCAAGCUUGGGAUCUGGCCGCUAGUCGAGGACUACACCGCUCAACGAAACAGCGCUAACCGCUCAGCAGGGACAGUUCUCACGAGGAAUAUUGCGUCUAUCGACCGAGACGUCAUCAAGGAGUUUUUGCUGAAGGAGGUCACACCUACAAUCAAGCGUAAGUGGCCCGCACAAGAUUAA